AUGUUUAUACUUCCUUAUUAUACACAAUUUGUGAAUUUUGUGAAAUUCACAUCAAAAUGGUGGACUAUACCGGAGUGUUUAUGCUGGUGUUCGUGUGUCUGACAUCAUGUCGAGCACAAUCCCAUCCACCGACCAAUGUCACAGCUGUGUACGUGGCUGAUGGUACCAUCAGGCUUACCUGGGAACCUCCCACCACAGGGCGGGGAAUUCAAAAAUAUUACGUCUCAGUCCAGGAGACAGCUGAAUAUGUUCAUGUCUCAGCUGAUCAACGUGUGUACCAGUACAACAACACCAAACCGAACGCAACGUACACUUUUAAGGUGUCUACUAUCAUAUCUGGUAGAAUCCAAGGCUCAUCUCAGAGUAGCGUCACCACACGUAAGUACUGUAGCACCUUAGUUCAUAUUCAGUAUGUAACUAUGUACAAACAACCCAAAGUUAAGUCUCUAAUUGACUAUGUAUGAACUGCCAGGAGUUGUCAUACAUACUGAGUAUGUAUGUAUGACAACCAGGAGUUGAGUCCCCUGACUGAGUACAUUAUGUGUAUAUGACAACCAGGAGUUGUGUCUCCUGACUGAGUGUGUAGGACAACCAGGAGUUGUGUCCCCUGACUGAGUGUGUAGGACAACCAGGAGUUGUCCCCUGACUGAGUACAUUAUGUGUGUAUGACAACCAGGAGUUGAGUCCCCUGACUGAGUACAUUAUAUGUGUAUGACAACCAGGAGUUGUGUCCCCUGACUGAGUAUGUAUGACAACCAGGAGUUGUGUCCCCUGACUGAGUGUGUAGGACAACCAGGAGUUGAGUCUCCUGACUGAGGAUGUUUGACAACCAGGAGUUGAGACCCCUGACAGAGUAUGUAUGACAAUCAGGAGUUGUGUCCCCUGACUGAGUAUGUAUGACAAUCAGGAGUUGUGCCCCUUGACUGAGUAUGUAUGACAAUCAGGAGUUGUGCCCCUUGACUGAGUAUGUAUGAUAACCAGGAGUUGUGUCCCUUGACUGAGUAUGUAUGACAACCAGGAGUUGUAUCCCCUGACUGAGUAUGUAUGACAAU